AUGGCACGGCUCCAGGAUAAUGCCCGGGAACACUGGGACUGGGAGAAAAACCCAAUCCGCGUUUAUACCCCAGACCCGGAAGAGCUUAAGGAGUGGCAACAGAGUCUGCCCUUGAAGUUAGAGGACGUCUUCGACUUCAAUAGUGGCCUCCGGGAGGGGGAUGUGCCCGAACCUCGCCCUCCACCGCCUCCCAAAUGCGAUCAACUUGACGAGAUCGAAAAGGCAGCGAGCGAAGGAGACCUCUGCACUAUACAGCGCAUAUUCGAUCAAUUGCGCGGUACACCUGCCGGUGACUACUGGAUUCCACGACAAACGAGCAGUCUAUUCCGUGCAGUUCGGACUGGUCAUACGGCUAUUGUCGAAUAUCUUCUAAGCCAAGGGUCUUCUCCGACGGUUAACCUUGCUAAAAUUGCCGUCGACAAUAAUGAUACGGCUAUACUUGAGCUGUUCCUCAAGUAUGGAUGGGAUAUUAACGAGCAGUUAGGAUGGUGUGAUCCGCCAGUACUUGGUCAUAUGCCGUUCACUCUGCGACGUUCGACGUUAGACGUUAUCAAGACGCUCUUCACCCAUGGUGGCUCAAUUGAAAAGGGACAGCUACUUCACUUUGCUGCCACUCGUAAACUACUAGAUCGCCUCGAAGUCGUGGCUUACCUCGUUGACAAGGGUGCACCUAUUAACGACGUCAUGUAUCAGCAUGACCAACUUUCAACUGACUUACAAUCCGUAGCCGGUCUCGGUACUCCCCUUCAUGGGGCGGCUGCGGAUGGGUAUUUAGACGUUGUCCGAUUUCUGGUGGAGAAAUGCGCCAAUCUCAGUAUCUUGGAUUCUUGCGGAGAGUCGGUCCUUCAUCGCGCCGAAUUCCACAGGCGUCAAGAAGUGGUUGACUUUCUUCGUCAUAUCCUAGCGGAAAGUUCGAAUCCGCCUGCAUCGACCGAGUCCAUGGAAUAG